AUGUAUGCAGCUGCAGCCGCUCAGGCACAAGCAGAGGAGCGGCGUAACUUAGCAGGGGACAGUCCAGGGCCUACAACAAACGCACCAGCUAAAUCUCAGGGGUGUAGGCCAGUAAUUGAUGGUGCCGCGCUUCGAGUAGACGACCGACUGCGAGUAGCAAAAGAGAGGAGAGAGGAGGCAGACAGAAAACAGGCUGUACGAGAGUCUCAGAUCAUGGAGCGGGAACGCAAAGCUAAGCUGCAAGUGGAGCGCCAGUUGGAGGAACGUCAGAAAAAGGUUGAGGAACAGCGACGGAAGGAGGAGCAGAAACGGUUGGCUGUGGAAGAGAAGAGGAAACAGAAGCACGAAGAAGAAAAGGAACACUAUGAGGCAGUGAUGAGGCGAACGAUGGAGCGUAAUCAGAGACUGGAACAGAGGCAGAAAAGGUGGUCUUGGGGGGGACUGUCCACAGAUCAAGAUGGACAAGCAGGAGAAGCUGGUGCCAGCGUCUCUUCUCCAGUAACUAUAGUUGUCUCAUCUGCCUCAUCAGAAAAGCCACAGAGGAGUGGACAAGUUGACAAGCGCUCCACAUCCACCACCAACCUGAAACAGCCGUCUGAGGCUGGCAUCAGCAAACGUUUGUCCUCCUCCGCCACACUCAUCAAUCCCCGCAGGCCACCGGCAAGUGCUGUGGAUGAAGGGGUCCUUAGUCGCCUCCUCACCCCCACCCAGGCCUCACUAGCUAGGAGCAAGAGCGCCGCCGCCCUGUCCGCUGAAGGAACAGAUGCUUCAGAGUAUCACCUGUGUCCUCGUUCAGCCUCUGCCAGCCUCCUGCACCCACCGCGGGGACCCGUGCGCAGCCGCAGCACCGACCGUCAGAAAAGCGCCAUGACAACGUCAAAGUCGGCCAACGAGGCCCUCGACACUUCUCUGAAAGACAAGCAGUUAACAUCACCUCAGGGGCAGCGUCCUGCCUCCCCAUCCACCACUCUGGUACGCAACCGCUCCCCUUCCCCAGCCCACAAUCCAGGUCCUAAAAGGACCCCCUCUCCAGCAGCUAACAAGCAGAGUCCCAGGAUGCGUCCUCCUUCACCAUCUUCAAUGAAACAGCGCCCUCCAUCGCCCCAACCCACAUCAGCUAAGCCCCCUCCUAUCCAGAAACCAUCUCUCACUCCAACAGGACCCCCAACCCUGAGGAAGAGGGACUCCAAGUCCAAGGAUUUAGGUCCUGUUCAGGCUGUGGCUCCACAGUCCUCUGAUCUAAGCAAGACCAAAGAGAAAGAUGACUCAAAACCUGCAAGUGGCACAAACUCAGCCGCUGAGGCCGCCAAGAUCCUGGCUGAAAACCGCAGACUGAUGAGAGAGCAGAAGGAGCGAGAGGAGCAGCUCCGAAUACAAAAAGAGGAGGAGGAGAGACAAAGAAAAGAAGAAGAGGAGCGUUUAGCAGAAGAGGCCCGACAGAAACGCCUGGAGGAGGAGAAGAGGCUGGCUGAGGAAAGACGAGUUAAAGAAGAAGAAGAUUCUCGCAUCGCAGAAGAGGAAAGAGCAAGAAUGGAAGAAGAAGAAGUAAAAAGGCAGGCCGAGCUCCAGAAGGAACGAGAGGAGGCUGAGGCAAAGGCCCAGGAGGACGCGGAGAGAGUCCGACAAGAACGGGACCGCAUUAUGCAGCAGAGCCAGCAGGAGCGCAUGGAAAGGAAAAAGAGAAUCGAUGAAAUAAUGAAAAGAACCAGAAAGGGGGAUCAGAAUGCCUUCAAGAAAGGAGAGGAAAAUGGAGAUGAAAGUGUGGACCAGAUGAUGGGUGACACCAGAACUGAAACGGAUGACAUUACGAUGGAGGAUGAUAAAGAUCUGUCCUCUGAUGAGCCUUUGAUGGCCAGAGAAGAACCUCUGGGCAGUGUGAAUGGACAGUUGGAGACAGAAGACAAGGAGAACUCCAAUGGCACAGAUGAGACUCAGGCAGAGAGCCCAGUCCCUAAAGGCCACCUUGUUGAGGACUCGGAGUUCCUGAACGAGCAGGACUCCACCAAGGCAGAGCUGGUCUCAAGUCUCAACGGGAAGUCAAACCAGUGGAGCUUCGAGGAGCUCAUUGACGUCAACGUUCAUUCCAAAACUCGGCCUCUUGUAGAAUCCGAGGAUUGUAACCAGGUUUUAAUCAACUGUGAUGGGAGUGUAGAUGGAACCAGGGUAGUCUUUGAGGACAACACCCUGCAUUCCUCUAAUCAACCCAUAGAAGCCAUGCCAGAAAUUUGAUGCUGCAGUCAUUGCUGAGAAGCUUCAAAAAGUUGCACUCCAAAAAGUUCCUGUCCAGCUG